AUUUUGAAGUUUACGUGUGUAUAAGUUAAUGCUUAGUUAGAUCUAAGGCGGAAUCCGGGAGCCUACUUUGAAACCGUGCUAAAACUUGUGAUUUCAUUCGAACUUGAGGUCAAUCCUGUUUCAGUGGCAUGUGGCACUAAAAAUAAGUUUGCUUAGCAAUAUAACAAGCUAAAAUGUUUAGAAGCAAGAUUAGGAUACACACGUGUCGUAUUAUUCUUCUCACAUCCUUGGUGUGGUUGUUAGUGGAUGUUGCACUGUUGACCUUCUAUUCAGACUGUCUUGGUGAAGGAUGGGACUGCAGUAAAAACAAAAAUGUUAAUAAUGACUAUGCCCCUGUAAAGAGUGUUGAAGAAUUAGGAGGUAAGAAAGCUGCUAUUGCUGCAGCAUUAAAGAGAGAUGUAGAUGAUGACACAAAUAUUGAGGAGAAUGAGAUAGAACAUGAUGUUGGAGAUGAUGGUGUGAUGUUGCCACCAUAUCCAAGAUCUCGGCUUAAGAGGUGGGCACCUGCCCCACAUGUCAAACCUCAGAAAGAUUCCCCUGGAGAGAUGGGUAAGGCUGUAAACAUUCCAAUAGAACAAGAGAAGCUGAUGUUGGACAAAUUCCAAGAGAACCAGUUCAACUUAUUGGCCAGCGACAUGAUUUCACUCAAGAGAUCUCUCACAGAUGUCAGAUUUGAAAAGUGCAAAGACAAACCUUAUCCGCAACUGUUGCCAACUACGAGUGUAGUUAUAGUUUUCCACAACGAAGCGUGGACCACCCUUCUAAGAACAAUAUGGAGUACGAUAAAUAGGUCCCCGCGACCGCUGCUCGAAGAAAUUAUACUCGUGGACGACGCUAGUGAAAAAGAGCACUUGGGAAAGAAGUUAGAAGACUAUAUAAAGACACUGCCGGUUCCUACUCACCUCUACCGGACGGAGAACCGUUCAGGAUUGAUCAGAGCAAGACUUUUAGGUGCUAAACACGUGAAGGGAGACGUUAUCACGUUUUUGGACGCGCAUUGUGAAUGCACAGAGGGCUGGUUGGAACCACUCCUGGCGAGGAUAGUGGAAGACAGGACCACCGUGGUGUGCCCAAUCAUCGAUGUGAUAUCCGACACUACCUUCGAGUACAUCCAGGCAUCAGACAUGACUUGGGGUGGCUUCAAUUGGAAAUUAAACUUCAGAUGGUAUCGAGUCCCUGAACGCGAAAUGUCUCGACGUGGUGGCGAUCGAACCGCGCCGCUUCGAACGCCUACAAUGGCCGGUGGAUUGUUCGCCAUCGACAAGGAUUACUUCUACAAGAUCGGCUCUUAUGAUGAGGGCAUGGACAUAUGGGGCGGCGAGAACCUCGAAAUGAGCUUCCGGGUUUGGCAGUGCGGCGGUCGCCUUGAGAUCGUUCCCUGUUCACACGUGGGCCACGUGUUCCGGGACAAGUCGCCAUAUUCCUUCCCCGGCGGAGUCCAAAACGUGGUGCUGCAUAACGCGGCCCGCGUGGCCGAAGUGUGGAUGGACGAGUGGGGAGAAUUCUAUUACGCCAUGAACCCAGGCGCGUUGAACGUGCCCGUUGGAGAUGUCACAGAGCGGAAGGCGUUGCGAGACCGUCUUAAAUGCAAGAGUUUCAGAUGGUACCUCGAGAACAUCUAUCCAGAGAGCCAAAUGCCAUUGGAAUACUAUUAUCUUGGAGAGAUACGCAACGCAGAAACUUCCAACUGUCUCGAUACCCUCGGCGGCAAAGCUGGCCAGCCGCUCGGUAUGGGAUACUGCCACGGCAUGGGUGGCAACCAGGUGUUCGCAUACACCAAGCGCAAGCAGAUAAUGUCGGACGACAAUUGUCUGGACGCGGCGCAUCCUCGUGGACCCAUCAAGCUCAUCCGAUGCCACGGCAUGCGUGGUAAUCAGGAAUGGACGUACGAUACUAAGACGCGAACAAUAAAGCACACGAACACGGGCAUGUGCCUCGACAAGCCGGAGUCGGCGGACGUGUGGAAGCCGGUGCUGCGGCCGUGCACACGUGCACGCGGUCAGCAGUGGCUCAUGCAGGUGGACUUCAAGUGGCAGGCGCGCCGCCAGCAGGCCCGCGGCAGCUAGUGCUUACUGUGCAGUGAGCCCCCGCAAGCCCUCUGAGGUUCGACAACGAUUGACCAUAACAGUCUUCCCCCUGUCGUUAGAUAAAAAAAAGAUUUACUUCCUUAUUCCUUUAUCUGAAAUUUUAUAUCUAUUAGAUUGUAUUGACACGGAAGGUCCUGUGAACUGUUGACAAUACAUGCGCUGUUUAUCUUAAACAAGUUUAUCUUAAACGUUGCUCAAACUUAGGAUUGUGUCUGACGUGAAUGGGAUUUGUUUUUGCUAAUUGAAUUUUACUUAGGUGUAAGUUGAUGACCAUUUUAUUGAAAUUGUGUGUAUGAUAUCGUCGUCGAUAAACAAAUACCGCGUAACUAGCACAGUUUAAUAAGUAGGUACUUAUAGUGAUUCAGAGUUAAAGAAAAUUUAAAUUUGAUUUGAAAUAAUACCGCGUAAGUGAUUUUUAGAAAUAUAGGGGAUUUUAAUAAUGAAGAAAUGAACACAUUUACAUUUUUUAUUGUACACUUUAGACAAAAAUAACAAAACUUUAACUGCAAUAUAGAAUAAUAAUCAUUAAAUUAAACCAUUACCAUCUUAGUAUAACCGACAAAAUACCGACAGGAUAUUUAUAUAAAUAUUUUCGUAGAUAAAUGUCCUAAAAAAUUUAAAUCUAAUAUAUUAAGUCAAUUGUCGAGUCAAUAAUUUAACAACGAUAUAUAUUUUUAGCUUAAUGCAAUAGCUAACAGAAUUGACUUUUACGUCUACACCAGUCGAGCUCAGAUGUGCGCUACAAGAGAAUAUUUCUACCAUUAACUCGUCCUAUUUCUAUCAAAAAAUUCGUAGAGUGGUAGUGAUAAUGUUUUACAAAAAUUGUUUUCUUGUGAAAUUAUCAAAAGUGUACUUACGCGGUAUUUGAAAAUAUUAGUUACGCGGUGUACGAUUAUCAAAUAUUUGCCACUAUAUUGACGAAGUCGCAUUCAGUGGCUUCCACGUCGAAACGAAACUCUUAGCAUAGUCACAAAUCACUUUUUGUUGUACCUAAGAUAUUUUAUUUAAUUAAUUUACAAAAAUAAUUUCUCAAACUCAACUUAAUACAUUAAUUUCGACAAACGCCAGUGUUGUUGGUCGUCACAAAAUAAUGUUUAUUUUGGGUAAAGGCGAACUGGUAACCUGCACUCUUAAUUUUACACAUUCAACAAUCUUAUGCAUUAUAUGGACCAGCUUAAACUGCAUCAUACGUACCACCAAGUCAAGGCUAACAACUGUAGUAAAAAAAACGUGUGCGUACCUAUAUACAUACAGAAGUUAUACUUUGGCGUAACAAGAUGAAAAUCUUUUCAAAAAUUUUAUC